GCGUCGUGGAUUUUCUCCGGGUACUCCGGUUUCCUCCUCCCUCCCUCUUCACCCAUAGUGCGAAAUCGCCUCAGAGUGGAAGCACUUUCCUACUAAACCAACCAAGUAGGACAGGAGGAACAGACAGAAGAGCGACACACGAAGUUGAGAAGAGACAGACCCGCCUCUGAGGACUCGUUGUGAAAGGCAUGCAGCCUUGGUGAUUGUUAAUACUUGUUCAUUAAAGGGUCUUGCACUUGCCUGCUUUUACCUUCCUCUGAAUGUGUGGGAGAAAGUUUGCUGACAGCACAUGCUUACACAUGGUUUAGUUCAGUCCAGGACUGAAGCUCAGAAGGUCUCUGAUGUAGGAGAGCCGCCACUGGCUCAUUGUUGCAUCUAUGUAUUGCUGUCAUCGGCAAAGAGAGAAAGAGGGAGGUAUGAGAAAGGGAGGAGAGGGGUGAGAAAAUGAGAUGGAGAGAGAGUGUGUGAAAAGAUAUUGGUAUGAGAAAGAGAUAGAGAUGAGAGAAAAAGAGAGAGGGACAGAGAGAGGAGAGGAAGGGGUGAGAAAGGUAGAGAUACAGAGCGAGGAGCGACUACAUUUCUACAAAGAACCAUAACCUGCAGUGGCUGUGAACGAAAAGAGACAAAACCGGAAAACGAAUUAUGAGAUUUAGACAGAGACAGUGACCUGCCCUCAAGCAGGACACUUUCCCUUGUUGUUUACUUGCCACAGACCCCGCGGGCACUCAUCCAUUUCGUGUUCGUGUUGGUUGCCUCACCCACCUGGCAGAACACACUUCCCGACACAAGACCUUCUCAGUGCAACCGGAUGCGUUUCUUAUUGUUGUUUUCAUCAUGACUGUAACGACGACUUCUGCUGAUGUCACCGCUGCGACGACCGAUAACAUCACCACGGACAGCUUCAACUUUUCACAAACAAACGCAACGACACAAAGAAGUGAAGACCAUGAGAACUCCAACUACAUCCUCGUCAUCUUCGGUGGUUUCGUCAUCGGAGCGUUGGUGCGCCAAGUGCUGGGUUCUGCUCGAGUUCCGCUCCCACAUACGGCGAUCCUGCAGGCCCUGGGAGUGGUAGCGGCCUGGGUGGCCACUCGCUGGCCUGUUCUCAUGCACGUGGUGGACCUGCGCGAGCUGGAGCUGGGGGCGCUGGUACACCUGUUCCUUCCACUGCUCCUGUUCCAGCCGGCCUUCAACGCGGAGCUGCACGUGCUGAGGGUCACCUUCAACCAGAUCGUCGUGCUGGCAUUUGGCGCCUUCCUGAUCACUGCUGGCGUGACACUGGUGCUGGUGCUGUGGGUGCUGAACUACGACUGGCCGCUGCGGGUGGUGUGUGUCUUCUGCACCGUGCUGGCCAUCACCGACCCCUCAGUGCAGGACUUCGUCACCAGGUGCACGGGAACAUCCGACGAAACCAGCGGAAUGUUGCUGGGCGAGAGUCUAGUCACUCCCAUCGCGGCCAUCUUGGUGAACAAGUUCGUCAGCUUUGCCGUCCCAGAGGAUGUGUAUACAGGUAGCGUGCUGGUUGGAGACCUUGGGUACAUGCUGCUGACUCCAUUGCUGGCUGUCCUCAUCGCCAAGGUAACGGCUGCGUGGCUACAGCGCAUUUUCAACGACGCCAUCAUGGAGAUCACUGUUGUGAUCGUGGCUGUCCACCUCAGCAGCCUAGUGUGUAAUCUGUUUGGUGUACCUGGUUUCUGGUGAACAUUGCACUGGGUCUGCUGCUGAAUGCUAACAAGACUUCGGUCAGUCCUGAAGUGCAGACUAUACUGUACAGGUUCCUGCUGGUCCUGAAAGACCUCAUCGUCAGCUUCACGUUCCUGUCCGUUGGAAUUUUAACGUUUUUCCGGAUCACAGAAGAGACGAACCCUCUUACAGUGCUUGCCUACAGCUUUGCGCUGUUCGUUACAA